AUGCGGCUCUUACGCCUGGAGCCUGACGGUACCUUCAGCCUUAACGAGUACCUUGGGAUAGAUAUACCCCCGUAUGCGAUCCUUUCACACACCUGGGGCACCGAUGGAGAAGAAGUCACCUAUAAAGAUUUGAUGGAGGGCAACGCAGAGUUAAGAGGAGGUUAUAACAAGCUCAGUUUCUGUGCAGACAAGGCUGUGGUUGAUGGUCUAGAUUACUUCUGGGUUGACACUUGUUGCAUAGACAAGACGAGCAGCGCGGAGCUUACAGAAGCCAUCAACUCGAUGUCCCGAUGGUAUCGAGAUGCACGCAUUUGUUACGUCUUCCUCGCAGACGUUUGGUCUUCGCGGAAUGGAUUAGCUAAUCAGCAUUGGAAGUCAGAUUUUCAAAAGAGUAGAUGGUUCACUCGCGGCUGGACUCUCCAGGAGUUGCUUUGUCCGAUAACAGUCGAAUUCUUCUCUGCGGAUUGGAACAUGCUCGGGAACAAAGGAUCUCUUUCGCAACAGAUCAACCUUGCCACCGGCAUACCUACAGAGAUAUUCUGGAAGAAAAGGUCUUUCCUCUCGUACAGCGUUGACGACCGAAUGUCCUGGGCACGAAAGCGGCAAACUAAGCGUGAAGAAGACGCAGCAUAUUGUCUCUUUGGCAUCUUUGAUAUCCAGUUGCCAGUAUUGUAUGGAGAGGGGAAGAAGAAGGUUUUGAUUCGGCUACGGAAAGCUAUCCAUGAGUCAAUGGGUAACCCACCUCCGCCACCCCCGCCACCUCCACCACCACAUCCGCCCUUCUUCCAACAUCAGCUACCACCACCGCCGCCCCCGCCGCUCCAAAAACUGUCAGAUAUGCGCUCGUAUAUAGAGACGCAACCAUCGUUCCGUGUACCAUCUAGCAAAUUGUAA